AGGGCCAAGCCAUGAAAAGGUGACUAAAUAAUAUUUCUAAUGUCUAAAUAUUUGUAUUUCUCCAUUUAUAUAGAAUUGAUCGUGAUCUGUGUUUUGAAAGAUAAUUAUAUGAUUUCUCAGAACUAAAUGUUACAAUAUUACAGUUUUUUAUCUGAAUUUCAGGUGACAAACUUGCAGACUCCCGCUGUGGCAGUAGAGACCCAGAUAUUAAAAGCAGAUCCGAGCUCCCAUGGAGAUUCCAAUACUGACAGUGCAAACUCACAGGUGACCAACUUGCAGACUCCUGCUGUGGCAGUAGAGACCCAGAUAUUAAAAGCAUAUCCGGGCUCCCAUGGAGAUUCCAAUACUGAACUUGCAAACUCGCAGGUGACCAACUUGCAGACUCCUGCUAUGGCAGUAGAGACCCAGAUAUUAAAAGCAGAUCCGAGCUCCCAUGGAGAUUCCAAUACUGAACUUGCAAACUCGCAGGUGAUCAACUUGCAGACUCCUGCUGUGGCAGUAGAGACCCAGAUAUUAAAAGCAGAUCCGAGCUCCCAUGGAGAUUCCAAUACUGAACUUGCAAACUUGCAGGUGACCAACUUGCAGACUCCUGCUAUAGAGACCCAAAUAUUAAAAGCAGAUCCUAGCUCCCAAGGAGAUUCCAGUACUGAACUUGCAAAAUCGCAGGUGAUCAACUUGCAGACUCCUGCUAUGGCAGUAGAGACCCAGAUAUUAAAAGCAGAUCCGAGCUCCCAUGGAGAUUCCAAUACUGAACUUGCAAACUCGCAGGUGAUCAACUUGCAGACUCCUGCUGUGGCAGUGGAGACUGGAAAGCAGUCAAGUAUUUAAUAAAAAAAUAGGAUUACUGCUAUGAAAAGGAAAAUGUAUGAAUUUGCAAGUUAAUAUUGUUGUUGAGUAUGUAUUUAAUAUUUUCGUGUGUGUUAUGUUGAAUGUGCCUGCCAUUAUGGGUUGGCCGGGGUCUAUACCCUAAGUGAGAGGAGCUUUUUUUUUUUUUUUUUACACAAUUUUUGUUUUGUACAAUGUUUGUAUUUAAUAUUUUGUAGUUAUGUUAAAUGUGCCUACCAUAAAGGGUUGGUCUGGUUCUAUACCCAGAGUUUAAACAAAAAUGUUGUUUGUGAGAGCAGCUUUUUUUCCACAAAACAUUGUUUAGUACAAAUUCUUGAAUAAAAGUCUCCAUGAUCCAGA